AUGGAGGCGAGCGAACAAGAGCAGGUCCCAGUGGCCAUCGUCCACGAGUCGGACCCCUCUCAAACUACCGACAAGAUUGUCGUUACCGAGGAAACAACUCCUCGUGGGCCAUCUCUUUCAACUUCAACCACUGAUGACGCCGCAAGCACCCAUUCGAUGCCCGCCGUACUUGUUACCGAGCCAGACUCAACUCUUCAACCACCAGCAGACCCUUUACCUCCAGCCUCGCCCACACGGCUUAAUGCUGACCCACCCAACGAACGCAGGAAUCGUCGGUCUACUGUCGAAGUUCGCGCAUCCAACAGGUUGUCUGGCUUUUUUACGAAUCUAAUACACCGCCGAGAACCACCUCCUCGAAGCCCAAUUAGAGAAGAACGACCAUCUCCUGCAAAUCCUUCCCGGUCAUCGUCUCCGACUCCAGCACGACCAGCAACCCCACCUCCCCGAUUGCCUCCACCAACACUAACGGAACUUGGCCUCGCAAUGUCUGCCAUUACCCAAGACCUGUCGCCGUCUCACUUCAGCACUCCACCGACUAGUGGUGCUUUCAUGGCUCCCCAUUAUCUUCUUCUUUGCCAUGCCCAAGGUCUUGAUGUGCUUCCACUCCAAAAUCCGCCUGUUUCCCAACCAUAUGCUCUCGUGAGGCGCGUCAGCUUCAAGUCGGUUGUAGUGAUGGAGCAGCGCGGCGUUCUUGUCGCUAUCGCUGGAAGGAGAGAUGGAGUGCGCGUAUAUGCGCUAGAGGAAAUUAAAAAAGCGGUUGAGUGGAGAAUGGAGGUCGAAGUCCGUAGGGAGCGAGAGCGUCAACGCAGAGAGGCAGUCAAGAAACUUGGCGGCAUUGCUCAUGUCGAAUCCGACAUCCGCGAUUCGUCAGAAAAACAGCGAAAAGCGAGUCUUUCUACGCCUCCUCCAGGCGAACCAGUUGCUCGAGGGAAAUUACCACGCAAAGGGUCACAGACAUCCAUUCCAGCUGUUGCUGCUCCCCCGCCCUCUCCAAGUCCUACUCCUCCAGCUCCCCUCAUACCUAGGACACCAACAACUCGGCGUAUAAAGAAUAAACCGCCUCCGGUCCCUCCAGUUCCCAUACCAGAACCGUCUGGCCGGCCGCCCCCCGUAUUCAACUCCCACAGAAACGGCUUCACCUUCAGCCCUCACUAUCCCACGGCCCCCUCGGUCUCGGGCUGGCUCUGUGUCAAAUGUGCUUGCGGCAGCACCUAUGGCCCGGCGCUCAACGACGAUUGGGGUGACGGGUCAAGUGACGACGAGGCCAUCAAUGUUGUUGCCGCUGGUGCGAGUGGGAGUCAGGCUCUCGAUGAGCGGACCAGUGUUCGUCUGUCGGCAAAUCUAAGCAUCCAACCAGGGAGCAAUGAUAUUGCCACUGUCAGCUCUUCUCGCCGGGGCAGCAGACCAGCAAACCUGGAUCUCAGCCUAUCAAUACCUACAGCUUCCUCUCAAAUCCCUCCCUCAGAACCCUCACCAGCCCCAACUCUUCUCACUCUCCGUCAAGCUCUUUCUCAGUCGCCGUCCGGCGGAACGAGACGCCAACUAGAAAAUGAUCCGGACACUCCCUUUUUUGGCGAAUUCGAAGAAGAGGAAGAAGAAAUUGAAGGUCAUAUUAGUUUGGCAGAAGCUCUCUUUGAGAGCCGAUUACCCGACCUGCCUCCAGCGGGCACACGCCAACCGCAACAACCUAUUCUCCUUUCAGGCCCAGCUGAAGAAGAACCCUCAAGUCCUCGUACAUCUGAGCAUUCCACUCCCCAUACCACACAUUCUGAGCCUCGGCCUAAUCGGCGACGAAGAUGGUCAGUGUUGAUCAGCAACGCACUAGUUCCAAGCAGCUCAGAGAUUCCUCCUGUUGUCGAGCGUUCGCCAGGAUCAAUGGCGAGAUCGCAGUCCUAUCGUUCUAACCAGUCACUUGCUUCCACUACGCACCAGCCCACUCGCCCAAGUACUGCGUCAACGUCGCCCGCUACGCUCAUUUCCACAACACCUCAAGACGGGUCUACUCCAACUCCUUCAACGUCAUCACGUUCUUCCCGCUUUAUUCCGCGAAUAAUAAGCAACGCAUUUCAUGGUCGCCGGGCAGAUGAGCGACCGCCCCUUCCUGCCCUUAAGACUACAACCGAUGUGGAUAUUCGUCGGACAGGAAUGACGCCGACUACGUCUCACAUGCCUCCACCCAAACUGGAGUAUGUUAAGUUGCCUGGUACGAAAGGCGCACUUACCAUCAAGGCUGUGGAGACGGCCAAAAAGAGCUUCCUCGCGAUUCUCUGCGGCGAGAACGGCGAAAAGGUUGAGCUUUUUGCUGGGACGUAUAGGACCGCACUUGGUCUAUCGCGAACUUUUAUCUUGCCCGACUCACCUCGAUUACUCGAGUUGCAACUCCAGGGUGACGACUUGGUGGAAGUUUUCUUGGUCUUUGGUCAAAAUGUCUUCGGUUUGGAGCCUGCAACUGUUCGUGUUCGGGAAGUGAGGAUUGGACGGGCUGAGCGUAGAGCAGCUCGACGCCGAGCACGUGAGGUGAGAGCUGGGGAAGCGGCCGAUGCCGAUAAUGCGGGAGAUGAAGACACUCAAGUCACCGUCAACAUCGGCGUUUCAGUCUCAGUUGGCUCUACUGUAGUUGCCACAGGUACCGGUGCUGAUGCCAGCCAACCUGGGACUCCACCACUUAUAGCUGGGGAUCAUCCUGACCAACCUGAACCUGGCUCAGAUGUCAAUAACGAAACCGCCAAUGAACCCACGACGUCGAUAUCGCAUGCGGAGGAGCUUUUAGCACUUGCAACUGCUCGUAUGGGACCUUACACAACAUUCCAGCAGUUGUCGUUUGCUCCCAAAUUCCCGCUGGCCGCCAUCGCUGACGAGUAUAUCAUUCCCCCGACAUAUCCAAAUUUCAUAGACUACCGUAACGAAUACGAGCCCGAAGCCAGUGGCAGUAAUACUGCGGACCUUACUCAAGUCCAGUUCACCCCUCCCGGUCUGCCUGUUCCCCAAGCGACUGCGCCAUCAAGGUGGUAUUAUCGCGACCCCAAAAACACUAUACAUGGGCCUUGGAAGGCUUCUCUAAUGCAGGCGUGGUAUAAGGACGGCCUACUACCACCCGACUUACCCGUUCGAAGGGAAGAAGACGAGGAUUAUAUGCUAUUGAAAGAUCUACGGCUACAGAGUGUCGACCCAUCACAUCCUUUCCGGACCCCUCCUCCUCCAGCACCCUCAACCAGUGCAUCGACAACCGAAAUACAAAAACCGCUUCUGUCACCCAUUUCCUUGCUAGCUCAGCCACGACAUUUCGGCCCUCCUGCCCUGUUCUUUUCAACGCGUGGUGGCCACAGUACAGCAAUUGUAGAUGCGCGUGGCCGCUCUGUGUUGAAGGGUCGGUUCUUGUGGAGCGAUGAUGGUGAAGCAGAGGACACAAAAGUAGCUUUUACGCGGAUGGGCGACGUCAGGCGGCUAGAAGCAUUCGACAUCAAAGGGGAUCGAGCAGUUCUUGUUGCGAUGCGACAAGGUGGUCUUGAGGCGGUUGAUCUUGGCGACGCUCUUCUCAAACCCGCUGACGAGUCACGGACUGUCUUACCAGAAUUCAACCCACCGCCUUCAAAUAUCAACCGGCGUGGGCCUUUUGUGUGGAAAAUGGGCACGCCAGUUGGAACGGCUGCAACUGUGCUCUCAACAAAGAGCAAGAGUGGUUUUGGUCACCACAUCGCAAGCAAGAAGCCAAGCUCUGCCUCUAAAUCACCUGUUGGACGAACAGAAUUCUCGAUUGGUGACACAGAGCCGGAGAUUGUAGACGAGGUUCUCUUCCUAGGCCGUAAAGAAGACGAACUCUAUCUGUGUGAAAGGAACGCUGGUUCGUUCCGAAUUCUACGGCUAAGUCCGUCAUGA